CGCGCCAUUAAUAUCAGCUCUCACUGCCCCCCAACAGUUUCGAUUCUGCGCGAAAGCUUCAAACCUUCUCCGCAUCUGAAAGAAAAGGCGCAAACCCCAAUCUGAUGCCCCUGUUGAAAUCAAAUCCCUUAAAACAAUAAGAAAAAAAGUUCGAUCUUUAAUUAGAAAUUUGGAAGAUAACAACAUCGGUUCCCUUCUCUUUGAUUGAAAUUCUGAAAAUUUUGGAAAGAGAUGACGGAGGACGGUGGCUCUAGGGUUUCUUCCGAUGACCCCACUGUAAGCAACGGUGCUUCUCAGACAAGACAAAGGAAAAAGAGAAAGUGGGAUCAGCCUGCAGAGGCUUUUGUUUCUGCUGGAUUUGCUAUCCCAUUUACCAAUAUGGGAACUCUUUCUGGCAUGCCACCUCCUGGUGUAUCUCCAGUACCAGGCACCUUUCUGCCAAAUAUACUUGCUGCAAGCGGUGCAGCUGUUACCCCAUUGUUUCAACAACAUGCUGCUCCAGUGGUACCAAAACAAAAUCAAACUAAGAUCCAAGAUGAAUUAGUUAUUGCUAGAGAAAUUGUAAUAAAUGAUGCGGAAUCUUCUGUUCGGUACAAGCUCACAAAGUGCCAGACACAGGAAGAGAUUCAAAGGUGCACUGGUGCUGUGGUGAUAACUCGGGGCAAGUAUCACCCACCAAAUGCUUCACCUGAUGGUGAAAAGCCUCUCUAUCUUCAUAUAUCUGCCGUCGCUCAUUUAAAAGAAACAGCAGAGAGAAUUUUAGCAGUAGAUCGUGCAGCUGCCAUGGUUGAAGAACUGUUGAAACAUGGUCAGAGCUCACAGGCAGGGGCUUCCCCUUUUAAGGAAGCUGUUAUGAACGGUGUGAAGGCGUUGAGCACAUGUGUAUAUUUGGGAUUCGAUGCAGACCCAUCACUGAAUGUUGCUGCACGUAUUCGUGGACCAAAUGACCAGUAUAUAAAUCACAUUAUGAAUGAAACAGGAGCAACUGUCACGCUACGAGGAUGUGGUUCUGGAAACUCAGAGAGCCCGAAGGGUGAAGAAACACAGCAACCAUUGCACUUAUUCUUGUCCAGUAACAAUCCUAAAAGUCUUGAUGAUGCCAAGCGUUUGGCAGAGAAUCUCAUGGACACUAUCAGCCUAGAGUUUGGUGCAUCCAGGAUUUCAUCAAGUAAGGUUUAUGGUGCAGUUCCACCUCCACAGCAGUUGUUAACUGGAGUUCAAAGUUCUGCAACCGAACAAAACCUAAAUGCUAGUUCAGCUGCUGGUUUGAUGUCAAUUCCAGUUCCUGCUCCAGCUCCACCUGUUUCAGUCCCUGGGGUCACUACUGGUUAUUCUCAAGGGAUUGCUGUGGGGCUGCCUAAUUCUGGGCCAACCCAAGCAAAUUCAGUUGGUUAUCCACAGCCUUUGGUGACUAGAGGGACAAGCUACAUUGGAUAUGGUGGGAUAUACCCCCAAGCAACACCAUUGCAGCAGGUAGCAUUAGCACUUAGACAAUCAUCACCAAUCUCAUCUACUGUUGCACCUGCAACAUCUGUUGCAAGCACGGCUGUUCCUACAAUGUCAUCUGUCAGUACAGUAACCAAAUCAAGUGUUAGUUCUACUUUACACUUAGAGAAAGAGAAACGGCCUCCACAAAAGCGGAAGUUCCAGGAGUUACCAGCUGGUUCAAAGGGAUCUUCAAGACUCAACCAGGUAUCUGAAUCUUCAAAUUCAAACAAGCCAUUGGGAGACUUGGGAGUGAGAAAUGUAUCAACUAUGCCUGCUCCAAAGAAGCUGAUUAAUCCAUCAGCCAAUGGGAUGCCACCACCACCUCCAAAAACCUUUCCGCCACCACCUCCAAAAGCCAUGAUGCCUCCGCCCAAGUUCACAUCAUCAAAACCACCUGGGAAAUUGCAUGACAAGAACAAAGAUAACAGUAAAGCUAAACUUGAUGCUGUACCUGACACGUUGAUGCAGUUAAUGACAUAUUGGGACGAUGAUGAUGAUUCCGAGGAAAGCAGCGAAGAUUCCCUAAAUAAUAACUCCAAUGUAAAUGUAGUUAGAAAACCAUUCUGGGCUUUGUGAGUCUUCAGUCCGGUGGCUUGUAUCGAGUCGGUAUCAAGCACAUGUUUUGAUUUGAUUCCUUUGUUAUCGUUACUAGGCAAGUAUGUAUCGAGUGCAAACAUGGUGAAUUAACUCCAAACUAUGGCAUUGAGAUUGUGUUGCGGCAUUUAGAAGCUGAAAAUCUGAUAGAAUUUGUGUUGUAUAUUGGUUGUAGUUUGCCAUUAAUGUAGUCUAUUUGUUCCUUUAGUGUCUUGGUGAAAUGG